AUGAGUAACAUCGCAGAAAAUACAAUUGGCGUACCUUUGAAGGAGAUUGUGAGCGUAAUAAAUGCAUUUGCGGACAACUCACUCGCAGCUUCCUGGGACAAUAUCGGAUUAUUGAUUGAACCCACGGAACCCAAAAAUGUGUCGAGCAUUUUACUGACAAAUGAUUUAACCGAGGAUGUUAUGGAUGAAGCCAUUGGACUAAAAACUGAUUUAAUUAUCACGUAUCAUCCGUUAAUAUUUACUCCAUUGAAGUCUAUUACAACUCGAUCUUGGAAGGAGCGAAUAGUGGCGAAAUGUCUGGAAAAUAAAAUUGCUGUCUUCUCUCCACAUACCAGUUUUGAUUCUGUAAAAGGCGGUGUAAAUGACUGGUUAGCGGAAGCUUUCGAGCUUGAGAGCAAUAAACCGAUUCAGCCAAAUGUGGAUAAUGCGACUUACGGAAUGGGAAGAUUGUGUACCUUGAAGACGCAGAUAUCUAUCGACCAAGCAGUGAAUUUAAUAAAGCAACGUACAGAUCUGAAACAUGUAAGAUUAGCGCGUGCACGCGGUGCAGCAUUAUGUGCUGGAUCAGGCGUUUCAGUAUUGAAAGAAGUUCCUGCAGAUUUGUAUGUUACGGGUGAAAUGUUACAUCACGAUAUAUUAGAUGCCGUACAUCGCGGAAUCCAUGUUAUAUUAACGAAUCACUCUGAUUCGGAACGUGGUUUCUUGAAGACAUUUGCUACGAUAUUAGAUUGUGCUGUACAAAAAUCUGCACAAAAAUCUGUCAAAGUGUGUAUAUCUAAAACAGACAAAGAUCCAUUACAAACUGUGUGA